GGGUGUGGUCCUACGGCUGUAACGUGGAAGCCGAGGUUCAGGAUACCGGCUGAGCGUAGUUAGUGUGACUUUCCGUGCCUGAUGUUGAUCUGGUUUCCAGUGGUUUUACCCCGCGCGUAUGACUCUGCGAAAUACGUUGUCUGCCGCUUCGAAGAUUAUGUCUCCGAAAAAGAAAAGUGCAAUUCCUGACAGAUGGACUGAUUACGCAGCAGUGGGCAAACGGAUCCCCGGCACGCGCUUUAUUGCCUUUAAAGUUCCUUUAAAACAGUCGUUGAGAAAUCGUUUAAGUCAGUCGGAGGCUUUUGGACCAUUUGAUCUGUUAGAUCUGUUGGAGAAGGAGGGUCAGGAGUUGGGCCUGGUCAUUGAUCUAACCUUCACCACACGCUACUACCAGCCCCAGGAUUUACCAGAGACGUUACACUACCUGAAGAUUUUUACAGCAGGACACGAAGUCCCAAGUGAUGACACCAUUCUGAGUUUCAAAAAGGCAGUGCGAAGGUUUCUGCAUGAGAACCAAACCAACGACAAACUCAUUGGAGUUCAUUGCACACAUGGGUUAAAUCGAACUGGCUAUCUAGUGUGCAGAUACCUCAUUGAUGUUGACGGUGUUGAGCCUCAUCGGGCCAUUGACUUGUUUAACGACUGCCGAGGGCAUGCCAUCGAGAGACAGAACUACCUGGAUGAUCUGCGGUCUGGGCCCAAGCGCAGCAAUGUGGGCAUGGAGGUACCUGACCAGGAGCCCGUACAGGGUGGGGCCAAACACUGGAAACCCAACCCACCUUCCUCCUCAGCGAGGAGACCACACCCACGGCCAGGCCCACAGCCCCACUUUCCUUUCACCAGAGGACCACGUCCAGAACACCUGCACUACCAGGAUCAUUUUGUAUCGUAUCAUCAGAGGGGUGUGAACCACCAGAUGAGGUUUGGCCUCCUGGCCACGCCCCCUUGCUUCCCACCUUCGCAGGGUCUGUGGCCCCGCGGACAGGCCCUGCAGGGCACGAGAGGCAACCAAUACCCUGCACCUGCACCCUCACCCUACCCCACCCUAAUGCCACGCUACACCAUUGGGGAGCCGUGGGGAGGACCUUCGUCGUUUUCCCUGAUGGACCAGGUGGAGAGCAGGGAACAUCGUACGAAGCCCCGGCACAGGCGUGGGAAAACACUGAAGAAGAAGACCUGAUGGUAUACACAGUGCAGUGUCCAUUUUAGCAAUGCCAUGCUCUGGUCAGCAUGAAGUUCUUUACACUGCGUUCUACUACCAAAGGAAGGCUCCACAUUACAUAUACAGGCUCAGGACACUGAUGGAACAUAAACAGUCUGUCUAACAGAUGUUUUAAUUGAGAUUAAGAGCAUUUUAUUAAUAAUUUUCAUAACUACAUCUAGAGUUCAUAUUAAAACAGUAAGAGGAAUGGUGGAGCACUAUAGAGACUGAAUACCAUACUGACUAUGCAGUCAUAAAACCAUAUGCUGUUGCCAUCUGGACAGAUUCGGUUACUCUUGUUGGAUUAUAUACAUGCUGGGAUUCAUCGUCCUCUGUGUGUGUGUGAGGUUGGGCGGGGCUUUCACAGCACGCACGAGAAAACGGUGUAACUUUCAGAGGGCUGAGCUGCAACUUAGGCCUGGUGGAUUGUGGGAGCAUUAGAGAGAAUGGUACUCUUGGACUUCAGAAGGAUUUAUAUCCAGCUCUGAUAACGUUACUCGUAUUGUUGAUAGUUGCUUUUUCUACAGAUAAAUAUUUUGUUUGAUUAAUUUCCAUAUGGUGAGUUACAGUAACUGUUUUUAUCUUGCUGUCACUGUAAAAGUCCUUGACUUGGAGGAAAUUGUCCUCUUUUCCACCACUGAGAUAUAGUGUGGGUUACUCUGUAUGGAGAACCCCCUCCCCCCAGUGUUUUUAUGAUACAAAAUGGAAAUAAAAGGUGCUCUGUCCAUGA